CAUUGGUUUAUCAAUGUGGGCCGUCCAUCAAGGUUAUAGACUUAUAUAAAUAAUUAGCCGCUUAUACCUGUCACUGUAAUUUGAACCAUGCAAGCCUUUUUGCCUCUCGUGGUCCUGACUGUGAGUCUGCCUGCCUUGCUGGCGAGUCCAGACUAUCGUGCGCUGUGGCAGUUCAGGGCCAUGAUCAUCUGUACCAUACCUGAUAGCUGGCCACUACUGGAUUACGCAGACUACGGAUGCUACUGCGGCAAGGGAGGCUCAGGAGCACCAGUGGAUGAACUGGACAGGUGCUGUCAAGUGCACGAUCAAUGCUAUACUGAUUCGUGGCAACAGGAUGACUGCUGGGGUAUUUUAGACAACCCUUACACUGAAAGCUAUACCUUCUCAUGUGAUUCUCCAGCAAAGAAAGUCACCUGUAAUGCUGAGAAGAAUCGGCCCUGUGAGAUGUUCAUCUGUGAAUGUGACAGAAAAGCAUCCGAAUGCUUUGCUAACGCAGGUUACAACCCAGAGAAUGAGCAUUAUCCCAGUGAAAAUUGCAAAUGAUCUGGAAAACAACAAACCUGUCAUGUUUUAAGAUUGUCUAUAAGUGCAAAAGCAUUGUCAGUACUUUGUGUCAUUAAAGAUAGCAAAGGUAUCUAACAAUCA